AUGGCGUCAGCACCAGUCGCGCCGAUACGACAACCUCGAGGACCAUCAGCCAACUCGUUCGGAAGUUCCACGCCGGCACAGCACUCCAACGGCCCUCCAGCGCCUGACAGUGAAUCUCUGCUACGAAGACACAACACCGUAUCUAGCACAAGACACCAGCCAUCAUCGUCUAUCUCCACCAACCCUGCAGCAUCAUCAGCGUUCCAUGGUUCUAGGUUGAGAUCUGGUGCCGGUAGAUUCCGAAGCGGCAGUCUAUCUUCGGGAGCACCUGAAGGGGGUCUCAUCAGGAAAAGCAGCGGAAGGGAAGUCAGAACUCAAGAUGUACUUGGCGAAGUAGAGGAAGGACCAAGUGGUAUGGAGACGUCCAAUUGGGGUAAAGGCUUGAGCAGACAAAGCUCUUUGCCUUCGAGAAGAGUCACGUCGAUCCAGAAUGCUCCAGAGGUUCCGAAAGUUUCUACCAACAUGGGACCCCCACCACGACCUCCUAGAAGGAUCUCCGUGGCGGCCCAUGACCAUGAACCUCCCGCUCAAUCCCCACCCGCUCACGCACCAUCGCAUUCACUAUCAUCUCUUGCAAUGUUCAAUCGAGUCUCUCUUCCUCCUCUCCAGCCAGAUGAGGAGAAUGUCAACGUCGGCGCCAACGUUUCUCGAACCCAAAGCUUGCGAGCACAGGCAAAGCAUACCGACAACGGGGCUUUAGGACGGAGCACUAGCUUGAAAGGGUCAGGCGAGCACAACCAGACCUCGCGACAUGCCAUUCAUGCAUUGUCUCCACCUUCACAGACAAACACUCCUCGCAACCCAUUCACUCCUCCCACACCACCGCCCGUCUCUUCAACAGCAGCUCUACCUCCCUUCCAACUUCCCCUCCCGGAUAAUCAAAACCUACAGCCUGAUAAUAACCCGGGAGCCGACCUGAAGCGUCAUCAGAGUCUAACACAAGGAUACGGCUCUUCAAGUCGUGUGCGCGACCGUUUGGAGCGAAGUCCAGCGGUCCUUAAUCUGGAACAACGAGAAGAGAUAAAGAAGCGAAUGACUUUAACCCAAGCCAAUGGUGGUGAACAUCCACCUAUCAGUCCAAUCGUCCCAAGCGUCUGGUCACCCGGGAUUCCCAAUGGUCAAGACGAUGGAUGGAACCGAGCUGCCUCGCAACAGCUCCAAGACGCUUUUGAUGCCAUGAAUCUUGGAAGGAAAAUGAUGGGCGUGGAAAGUACCGGUUUCAAUGGAGACAGAAGGUUGAUGUUAGAAACCGAUGUGCUUCGUCACCCUCAACCUGCUACAGCAGGUCCGUCCCUUCCGGUUCUGGCCCACUCUACGGAAGAACCAAGUUGGGUCACCAGUCUCGUCGGAGGUGAUCACACCCCUCACAUCGCUCCCAGAUCUGCUGGACCUGGAAGUGCUCCUUGGCAGGAUCGAGACAUUAUGUAUCGGCAACAAGCAUACACCCCUCAACCGUAUCAGCAGUACCCGAGAGGAGGAUGGCAAGAUCAGAAUCAGCUCAUGCAGCAAGCCAGUUAUCUCCAACAACAGCAUCUCAUAAAUAUGAAGGGCAUGCAGCCAUUCCAACAACCCCCUUAUCUUGGCGCGCCCUUUAGUCCCGCUUACCCAUCACCACCCAACACCGCUAUGAUCCAGACGCCACAUAUGAGCAACCAAGAUCGAGACGUCAUCGAAUUAGCGAGACAGAAAGGUUUAAACCCGGCGACAUACAAUUGUAGACCUGUCAACGCUAGAUUUUUUGUUAUCAAGUCGUACACUGAGGAAGACGUUCAAAAGUCACUCAAACACGAGAUCUGGUCAUCGACUGUCCUCGGCAACAAGCGGUUAGACAAUGCAUUCCGCGAGUCUAACGAAAGCGGGCCGAUAUAUCUCUUCUUCUCCGUCAACGGAUCAAGACAUUUCUGCGGUGUUGCGCAGAUGUUGACUGCCGUUGACGAGACACAAAGUUCCACAGUCUGGGCUCAAGACAAAUGGAAGGGAAUUUUCAAAGUCAAGUGGAUCUUUGUCCGGGAUGUACCUUCUCAAGCACUGAGGCACAUUCGCCUUACCAAUACACCCGAAAACAAGCCUAUCACCAACUCCCGUGAUACUCAGGAGCUGCCCUAUGAAGCCGGAUGUGAAGUCCUUCAAAUCUUUUUGGAGCAUCAAUCCAAAUCAAAGACUAGCUUGCUGCAAGAUUUCGCUUAUUAUGAACGACUCUCUGCCAACCGAACGCUUCAAGGACAACCACCAGGCUCUAAUCCAAAUGGGCCAAAUCAGUAUAUGCCAUCACCCAUGAUGACCCAACAACCAAUGCCUUCCAUGCCAAUGGUCAUGCCUCCGCAUCCAGCCGUGCCACCUGUACCGCCCAUUCCAUCACGAUUCCGAUAA